UGCUGAUGGGCACUUAAGCUGUUUCCAAAUCUUAGCUAUUGUAAAUUGUGCUGUUAUGAACAUAGGGGUGCAUGGUAGAAUUCUUACUGGCAAAGAUUUCUGGUCUUCUUUUCAUCCAGAAAAUUCCAAAAGACCUCAUGAAGUGCUCAAGUGAGGAGAUGAGAAGGGAAUUACUGUGACAUGCAUCCUCUUAAGGAUGAGAGACAAAACCUUGCUCUAACUGGUGUGUUUGCAAUAGGUGUAACACAGAAGCACAGCAGAGCCCACAGGAUUCUGACCACGGCGAUGGGGAGGUCCCGUCGACCUCGACCAGCACAGCUGGGAGUUCUUCUGUGCCAGAUCUACCAGGGUAUUACUUUGACCCCGAAAAGAAUCGGUACUUCCGCUUGCUCCCUGGACAUAACAACUGCAACCCCCUCACGAAGGAGGGCAUCCAGCAGAAGGCGAUGGAGCACAAAAGGCUGCAGCUGCUAGAGGAAGAGGACAGGCAGACAAAGAAAAUAACCAGGAUGGGAUUUAAUGCCACUUCCUUGUUACAAAAAAGCAAGCUGGGUUUUCUCAACGCCACCAGUUAUUGCCGUUUAGCCCAUGAGCUGCGAGUGAGCUGCAUGCAGAGGAAGAAGGUUCAGAUUCACAGCUCCGAUCCCUCCGCUUUGGCAAGCGACCGAUUUAACCUCAUAAUGGCGGAUACCAACAGUGACCGGCUCUUCACAGUGAAUGAUGUCAAGGUUGGAGGCUCCAAGUACGGCAUCAUCAGCCUGAGCGGUCUGAAGACCCCCACACUCCGGGUGCAUAUGCACGAAAACCUCUACUUCACCAACCGGAAGGUGAACUCUGUGUGCUGGGCCUCGCUGAAUCACUUGGAUUCUCACAUUCUGCUGUGCCUCAUGGGAAUCGCAGAGACUCCGGGCUGUGCCACCCUGCUCCCAGCGUCACUGUUCGUCAAUAGUCAUCCAGCAGGAGACCGGCCUGGCAUGCUCUGCAGUUUCCGGAUCCCUGGGGCCUGGUCGUGUGCGUGGUCCUCGAACAUCCAGGCAAAUAACUGCUUCAGCACAGGCUUGUCUCGGUGGGUCCUGGUGACCAACGUGGUGACGGGACACCGGCUGUCGUUUGGGACGAGCAGUGAUGUCUUGACCCAGCAGUUUGCCGUCAUGACUCCUUUGCUGUUUAAUGGCUGUCGCUCUGGGGAGAUCUUUGCCAUUGAUAUUCGAUGUCGAAAUCAAGGCAAUAACUGGAAGGCCACUAGCCUGUUCCACGACUCACCGGUGACAUCUGUGAAAGUCCUCCAGGAGGAGCAGUGCCUGGUGGCAUCCGACAUGGCUGGAAAGAUCAAACUGUGGGACCUGAGGACCACCAAGUGUGCAAGGCAGUACGAAGGUCACGUGAACGAGUACGCCCGCCUGCCCCUGCACGUGCAUGAAGAGGAAGGAAUCCUGGUGGCCGUGGGCCAGGACUGCUACACGAGAAUCUGGAGCCUCCGCGAUACCCACCUGCUCAGAACCAUACCCUCCCCACAUCCCACCUCCAGGACCAACAUUCCCAGUGUGGCCUUCUCAUCUCGGCUGGGGGGCGUCCGGGGAGCGCCGGGGCUGCUCAUGGCCGUCCAGCAGGACCUUUACUACUUCACUUACAGCUAAUUCUGCAGAGAGCAGCCUGCAGGCAUGUGGAUUUGACUGAAUGGAGUAAAGAGUAGCCAUACCUCUGCCAUAUGCUGUUUCCAGUGAAGGCAUUUUAAAUGGAUGCUCUGUGUGCACAGAUCCCAUCCAUCCAGCUGCUGCGGACAUGAAGGUGCUAUGUUUUAUGUGGAGACACUUUAGUAAUGUAUGUCAGUUAAGUUGUGGGCUCAGAGAGCUUGAAAGUCCUUUUCAUAAAAGGUACCUAUUUC